AAUAUUUUCUUCAAAUCAAAUCAUAGGUGAGUACAAAAUAUAAUGUUGUCCACCAGAAAAGAAAAAGGAAAAAGAUCACGGAAUUCCCGGAAUUCUCUAUCUAGAAAUUUCGCGCUUCUCCUCUCUCUCUCUCUGCUCAGCUUUUCUCAUCGAUUCUUUUUCUGACCAAAUUCACGACGAUAAUUCGAAGCACAGAUAACUCAACUUUACAUUCCCGCUUCGGAAAGUUUUAGCGAUUUAAUAUCUGUUUCCGGCAAUUGCAUUGGUGAAAGGAACUGAAAGCUUUUCUCUUUGCAUUGGACUGCGUAGAGACAUGAAGGAUGCAAAUCAUGAUGAAAACUUGGCUAAGUUGAAGCAAAGUUGGUGAACUGUGUUUGUAAUACUAAGUGUCAAAAAAAGAUGGCUUAUGGGCUGGCUUCUCUGUUGCCAAAACUGGGCUCUUUGGGUACUUCGGAUCAUACUUCUGUUGUAUCCAUCAACCUCUUUGUGGCACUCCUUUGCGCUUGCAUCGUCAUUGGUCAUCUCUUGGAGGAGAACCGCUGGAUAAAUGAGUCCAUUACUGCCCUCAUAAUUGGUUUGGUUGUAGGAGUAGUUAUCUUGCUUGUAAGCGGGGGAAAGAGCUCACACCUGCUGGUUUUCAGUGAAGAUCUCUUUUUCAUAUAUCUACUUCCUCCAAUCAUAUUUAAUGCAGGGUUUCAGGUAAAAAAGAAGCAAUUUUUCGUGAACUUCAUUACUAUAAUGAUGUUCGGUGCCAUUGGUACACUGGUCUCAUGUGCAAUUAUAACAUUAGGUGCCUUUCACACUUUCAAGAAGUUGGGCAUUGGAUUUCUAGAUAUUGGGGAUUAUCUUGCAAUUGGAGCCAUAUUUGCUGCCACAGAUUCCGUCUGCACAUUGCAGGUCCUACAUCAGGAUGAGACACCCCUCCUUUACAGUCUUGUAUUUGGAGAAGGUGUUGUAAAUGAUGCUACAUCAGUGGUGCUUUUCAAUGCUAUUCAAAACUUUGAUCUUUCGAGCGUGAAUCCCAGUAUAGCCCUCAGUUUUCUUGGGAACUUCUUGUAUCUGUUCCUUGCUAGCACUUUUCUGGGAGCAGCGACUGGUCUUCUUAGUGCCUACGUUAUUAAGAAGCUGUAUUUUGGCAGGCACUCCACAGAUCGCGAGGUUGCCCUUAUGAUGCUCAUGGCUUACUUAUCAUACAUGUUGGCUGAACUAUUCUAUUUGAGUGGGAUUCUCACUGUAUUUUUCUGUGGUAUUGUAAUGUCUCAUUACACUUGGCACAAUGUGACCGAGAGUUCGAGGGUCACUACAAGGCACGCGUUUGCAACUUUGUCCUUUCUUGCUGAGACUUUCCUCUUCCUCUAUGUCGGUAUGGAUGCGUUGGAUAUCGAGAAGUGGAAAUUUGUUAGUGACAGUCCUGGAUUAUCAGUUGCCGUGAGUUCGAUACUGAUGGGACUAAUCUUGCUGUCAAGAGCUCUCUUUAUUUUGCCAUUAUCAUUGUUAUCCAACGUAAUGAAGAAAAACUCGGAGGAAAAAAAUAUUACCUUUAGGGAGCAAGUGAUAAUAUGGUGGGCGGGUUUGAUGAGAGGUGCAGUGUCCAUGGCACUGGCAUAUAAUAAGUUCACUCGAUCGGGACACACUCAAUUGCAAGACAAUGCAAUAAUGAUUACCAGCACCAUAACCAUUGUUCUUUUCAGCACAGUGGUAUUCGGUUUACUGACAAAACCUCUUAUAAGUCUCCUGCUGCCACCACACAGGCAGUCGAGUACAGUGUCAUCAGAUGCAAAUACUCCAAAAGCCCCGCUCCUAGGCAGUCGAGAGGACUCUGAAGUCGAUUUAAAUGGUCAGGAUCUUCCUCACCCACCCAGUUUGAGGAUGCUGCUUACCGCACCUAGUCAUAAAGUGCAUCGUUACUGGCGCAAGUUUGACGAUUCAUUCAUGCGCCCCAUGUUUGGUGGUCGGGGGUUUGCUCCUCCUGCCCCUAGUUCUCCAACGGAUGAGGGUGCAUGAUGAUGCGCACGAGAGAAAUGAGAUUGACGUAGGAAAAAAAUGGGCCAAGGGACUUCCUGCGGAUCCUUAAAAAUUGUGCCGACAGCAUUAUGAGCUUCAGCCAGGUCCUACAUAUUUGGUACUGCACUCACUUAUUGCUUUAACAAACUCUGUAACUGAUUAAAUGUUCAUAAAUUCAAAGAUACCCAGCAAAAUCCUGGAGCUCAUAGUAAGUGUGUGUAAGUUAAUCCUGAAAAUGCAGUCCCAGGUGGCGAUAUCUUUAUUCAAGCCCAUUGUAAAUUUUGGCUGCUAAAAUCUUGCCAUCUUCUCUUUUGCUUGGUGUUGUUUCCUGGUGGCAUUAUAUGUCCCAUUUGUGUAUGAACUUGAGGAAGAAAUAAUUGUGAGAUAGCAGUAGCGAAAUCUAUUUAUGAAUUUGAGGAGGUAGUUUUCCCCAAAA